AUGGAUUCUAAUGGGGCUUUACGGCCCCUGGAUGAAUCUUUACUUCGCGAACUUCCCCAGCUUUCUCUGCGUAUCGCUCCGCUGCGGGAACCUGUCUCAUCUCGUACGCUCAGCGUUCCACCUCCCCUGGAGCCAAACGCAAGCGGGACCAGGGAGUCCAACGCCGUCGCCAAACCCACGUCGACAGGUGGGAAUGCCCCCACAAACACCAAAGCGGGUCUGCCAACUGUGACGGAAUUUCUCAAUGCUGCACGAAAAGAAAAGGCCGAGUCUGCUAGUGACCCUCAAUCAAAUGUGGAACCACCGCCCAAGCCGAUUCUGCCAGCAUUUGUAAAUCUGCGCGCGUUGGAACGCUUCCCAUUUUCUUCUUCUUUUGAUGAUGAUGCUCUCUACGGCACACGGAAGCGCCGCCGCUUGGACCUAUCGGAGUCUUUUAGCGAGCACCUGCAGCUUCCCAUCCCGCAGGCUCAAAAAGAACAACGUCCUCCUCCUUUUGGUCCCUUUGCUAUUCUGAAUGGAUUGAAUGAACCUCCACCCAAUGCUGCUCUUCUUCCUCCUAUCGAAGCAGGCUCGAUCCCUCAGCUCUUGACAAAACCAUCCCGUGAAGAUGCUGCUGUCGAUCCUGCCAUAGCCUCCGCUAAUGGAAGUCUUCCAGAGGGUCAACCUAUAGAGCGGAGAGAAGCAAGAAUUGAGGAGCUUCUCAGUGCGACCCUUGAUGACCACAAUGAUGAUGUACAUGAUCCUGAAGACGAACGAAUACUACCCUCCGAAAAUCCAAUUUUAAAAUCUGUCAUCCCUGAUGCAAGAGAGAACACCCCGAAUGAUAUACAUUCGACUACUACUACCGGUGGUCGAUUGUCCCCCAAAUCUCGUGGCCGAUCUCGUAAGAAUUUGAGGAAAUGGAGUGAGGAGGAGACUACUGAUCUUCUCCGGGGUGUGGUGAAGUGUGGAAUUGGAAAUUGGACAGCGAUACUGGCACAGCCAGAACUCAAGUUCAACAAACGAACGGCUUCCAAUCUGAAGGACCGAUUUCGGGUCUGUUGUCCUUGGGCAUAUCGCGCGUCUGAUCCAAACGAAGCAACCAAGCAGUUGCGUGAUAACCUCGCCAAUUCUCUUCUAAAAUCUCAAGCUGAGGCAUCAAAUGAAACCCCUGGCAAGAUUCGUCUUCCGAUCUCCGCUCCAACAAAUGUGGGCUCUGAACCGAGUUCUGGGUCUGGAAGUCCAGUCAUGGGUAUGCUACCGACACCAAAUAGCGUGCUGUCUAUAAAGCCCGAGACGGGUCUGGGGAGUGGCAGCUCGACUCCUCAGCAGUCACCCCCACCCAAGGGGACAGAAGCCUCUAGCAAAUCUCAGGCCAACCUUGCAUCCCUUGGUAUCCCGGAGCCAUUUGUCUCGAUGAAAGCGAAACGUCGAUCACGCCGACCAUUUACCACGGCAGAAGAUGAGGCUCUUCUUAAGGGCUACGCCGUCCACGGAUUUCAAUGGACCCUAAUCCAACAGGAUAAGCGACUUAACCUUGGGCACCGCAGAGCAACAGAUCUCCGAGAUCGUUUCCGCACAAAAUUCCCGCACGUCUAUCGCGAUGGAGGCUCUGUUAAUGGCAACGCUAUGAACCCGCCAAAGCUGGAAACUGCCAACAGCGAUCCUGGGCCAAUUACUCGAGCUCGCCCUGCCAGCACCGAGUCAACACCGACGAAAGGUCCUCCGCCAAUCGUUCAUCGGCGCUCUGAUUCGCAUAUUCACAGCCGUCAGGCAUCUAGCGCUUCGCACGCCAACGCAGUCGCUGGUCCGUUCGAUCCGUCGUUUUUGCCACCUCCACAGGGCUUCCUUGAGCCUUCGGCAAACGCACUUUCGUUCCCUUUGGAAGAGAGCUCUGCAGGUCCUUCUUCGCCCUGGGAGGACAACACGCUUGCUCCUAUGAUCUGGGAUGAUCUGGGAUGA